GAAAGAGAUAAAUAGAUUAGAGAAGUGAAUGGAGAGAGAGAAGCGAGAUGAAUGAAACCUGUCUCGUGAAGCAGCAGGUGGAAGAAGAAAAUAAAAUAAAAAUUAAUAAAUAAAAACUCUUUCUCUUCCAUUUCUUCUUCUUUCUUUUCUCUCUGUAAAACCCUUUCUCUCUCUCUCUAAAUUCACAUUCAUUCUUUGCUUCUUCCUUUUAUAUCACGAGAUCCCCAUCUCUUUCUCUCUUUCUUUCCUUUCCUUUCAUUUCCUUCCAUUUUCUUCUCUCUCUUAGAUGUCUUCUUCAAAGUUUUUCCUUUCUUCUUCAAGCUCUGUCCUUUCUGCAUUCACUUCAAGCUCUUCCUUUUACUCACAUUACGAAUAAAAACCCAAAGACAAGAGAGAGAGAGAGAGGGGAGGGGAAAGGGAAGAGAAUUGGAAUAAACCAAUUUUAGUGAAAGGGAAAGGAAGCGAAAUGUCGCAUCUUGGAAAGCCAGUAAAGGAGUUAGGGGGUGUGGAGAAACUCGCUGAUCAACUCCGUGACUCACUAAGUUACGAUGUUAACAAACCCGAUUUCCGUGAACUCGAUCUGGGUUCACCCGUUUCGCCACUCCGAACUCGGCAACCAGGCCUCAAGAUGACGACGACCACGACUACAACGACGAGUUCGAGCUCCAGCUCAUCCGGAUCCGUUUCAGGUCGAAAUGGAUCCAACGCGAUUGCUAGAAGAUCUGAAUCGGGUCCUAAUAAUCACUCCGGGGAACUUUCCGGGUCAAGCGAAACAAGCCCGACCGAUUCGACCCGGAAUACAAAACCGGGUCAGACAAGAUCCGAAUCCAAUACCACCACGACCCACCCGUUGAUCUAUUCCGGUCAAAGCUCCGUCAACUCGCCGCCACUCAACGUUCUUCCGACGGGAAACAUAUGUCCUUCAGGGAAAAUCCUAAAAACUGGCAUGGCAGUGAACCGAAGCUCCAGGUCUGACGUUUUAGGUUCCGGUUCAGUUAAUUAUGGCCAUGGCAGCAUAAUGCGGGGUGGUGGAGUGGGAACUGGACCCGUUACAACCUCGAAAGGUGGUGUCUUUGAACCCAGUAACACCCUGGGAAGCCGGGGAAAUGUAAGUGAUUUAAUGAGGAAAACAAUGGGGAGUUUGGAACCAGAGAAAGUUAAGAGAGUUGGGAAUGAGAUGUAUAAAAAAGGACAUUUUUUAGAGGCUUUGAGUUUGUAUGAUAAGGCUAUAGCUUUGUCUCCGGGGAAUGCAGCUUACCGGAGCAACAGGGCGGCUGCAUUGACGGCGUUAGGGAGAGUAGGAGAGGCGCUGAAGGAGUGCGAAGAAGCGGUUAGAUUGGAUCCUAAUUAUUGCAGGGCUCAUCAGAGAUUGGCUUCAUUAUUACUAAGGGUAGGGCAGGUUGAGAAUGCUAGGGAGCACCAAUGUUUUCCUGGGCAACCACAAGAUCCAACUGAGUUGCAGAAGUUACAGGCUGUGGAAAAACAUCUUAGCAAAUGUACAGAUGCCCGGAGAAUAAGAGACUGGAAAAGUGCAUUAAGGGAAACUGAUGCUGCCAUCACUGCUGGAGCUGACUUUUCUCCUCAGCUUUUUAUGUGUAGAGUGGAAGCCCUCUUGAAACUCCAUCAACUUGACGAUGCUCAAUCCAGCCUUUCAGUUGUUCCUAAGUUAGAACCAGGCACCAAUGCCUCACGGACGAAGUUUUUUGGGAUGCGUUCUGAAGCGUAUCUCUUCUUUGUCCGAGCACAAAUUGAGAUGGCACUUGGAAGGUUUGAGAAAGCAGUUACAGCUGCUGAGAAGGCUGGACAGAUUGAUCCCCGAAAUGUUGAAGUUGCUGUAUUGCUUAACAAUGUGAGGUUGGUUGCAAGAGCACGAGCACGUGGGAAUGAUCUUUUCAAAUCCGAAAGGUUCACUGAGGCCUGUUCAGCUUACGGGGAUGGUCUCAGGCUUGAUCCAUCAAACUCUGUUCUUUAUUGCAACAGAGCAGCUUGUUGGUUUAAACUUGGGCAGUGGGAGAGCUCUGUUGAAGACUGCGACCAAGCUUUAAGCAUCCAACCGAACUACAUAAAAGCCCUUCUUCGAAGGGCAGCAUCCAAUAGCAAGUUAGAGAAAUGGGCUGAUGCUGUGCGAGAUUAUGAAGUUUUGAGAAGGGAACUUCCAGAUGAUAAUGACAUUGCUGGAUCUCUAUUUCAUGCACAAGUUGCAUUGAAGAAAUCUCGUGGUGAAGAAGUCUAUAAUAUGAAGUUUGGUGGUGAAGUAGAGGAAAUAUCCAGUCUUGAGCAGUUCAGAGCUGCAAUAUCUCUGCCAUGCAUCUCUGUAGUCCUUUUUAAGAUUGCUUCCAACAUGCAAUGCAAGCAGAUAUCUCCAAUUGUGGAUGCACUAUGUGGCCGCUAUCCCUCCAUAAAUUUUCUUAAGGUGGACAUCGACGAGAGUCCAACAGUUGCAAAUGCUGAGAAUGUGAGGAUUGUACCUACAUUCAAGAUAUACAAAAAUGGUAGCCGGGUGAAGGAACUUGUGUGCCCGAGUCGAGAAAUGCUGGAACAUUCGGUGAGGCAUUACAGCUUUUAGAACUCAUGACUGUACUGUACUGCUGCUUUUCUGUGUUCACUUUUUGCUACCCAAAUGACCAUUUUGUUGGGGAACCCUUCCACUACCAUCCCAAUCUUUCCUCCCACCACAUAAGCAUUACCAGAUACCUGUGACAUAAAAUCAGAACUACAUAAUAAUCCCAUUAGCAGCCAAUGCCAGAGGAACCCAGAGAAAUUAGCUUUAGUUCCCUUUAGCAGUUUUUAUUUGUUCAUUCAUUCCUCAUUGCUCUUGGGUUCCCUUUUCUUCCUCCCUUUCUCUUUUUUGUUAAUUUUUUCUCCCCUUUUCCAUUUUCAAGUAGGCCAGCCUGGUUCUUGUAUCACUACUUUAAUCCAGUGGGAAAAGCAAAAAAAAAAAAAAAAAAGAGAAAUGUGUACAAUUUAAUUAAAGUGGAUACUUAGUUUACAUUCUAGAGAUACAGUGAGAGGACAGGCAGGCAGGCAGGCAGGCAGGCUGGUAGUAGAGGAUCUGUACAUGUAUAUAUGUGAUGAUAUAUACAAAACAUUGGAAAAGCCAUGAGGGAGAUUGGAUUGGAUGUGUGGUGGGUAUUUAGUUACUGGGUUAGUGAAAGAAGGAUGAAAUAUGUUGUCAUUAAUAUUGUUGUUUCUUUUCUUUUUCCUCAACCAUUCCGUCAAUAAUAAAAAAA